AUGCAGGGAGAGAAAGUCGUGGCGGUUAGUUUGCCUUCACCCAGCCUUGGUAGAGAGGUUAAAACAUUAGCCGGGGAACGCCAGCCUCAGCGUGUCUCAGUCUGCUGCCAUCCCUUCUGUCCCAGCCGUGUCUGCUCCUUGUCCCACGGAAGUCCAGCUUACACCAAGCCGGACAACGCGGAUAGCAAGAGCCUCAAAUGCGUGCUCUUUGGAAUUUACUUCAUGUUCUGGCUGGUCGGAUUUGCGAUAUUUGCCUUUGGACUAUGGCUCCGAUUGGACUCUCGACUCUCAAACCGACAGGAAGAAUCUAAUCCCAGUUUCUACACGGGAGUGUACUUGAUGAUGGGAGUUGGGGCCCUCUUUAUGCUGGGGGGUUUCCUGGGCUGCUGCGGAGCUGAGCAAAAAUCCCGGUGCAUGCUGAGAUUGGUCUUCGGAUUUCUCCUGGUGAUAUUCGCCAUCGAGAUAGCUGCAGCCUUCUGGGGCUAUACCCAUAAGGAUGAGGUGAUUAAGGAAGUCCAGGAAUUUUACAACAACACUUACCAAAAGCUAAAGAGCCUGGAUGGGCCCCAGCGGGAGACACUCAAAGCCAUCCACGUGGCCUUGAACUGCUGUGGCCUAGCAGGAGGCGAGGAACAGUUUAUCUCGGACAUCUGCCCCCAAAAGCAAGUUCUUGAAACCUUCCAGGUUAAGUCCUGCCCAGAAGCCAUCAGUGAUGUCUUCAACAGCAAUCUCCUUCUCUACUCUGUUCAGAUUCAGAGACAUGUUACUGCCCAUCACCUUUCAAAGAUGGUGGACAAACUCACGACUUGCUUCACUGUGGAUAUCCCUAUUGUCCCAGUGGGUGGCAGCAGUGGUUGUCUCAAAGAUGUUGGGGUCAGGUUUUAA